CCGGGGUGCGGCGUCCCUGGGGCAGGGAUUGGGGAGCUGGGGCAGGCUGCGUGUGUCUGUGCCAGGCUCUGGGGCAGUGCCCCUGUGGCGUGCAGCUGCCUCUUGCCCUGCGUCCCAGCUCCUGUCAUUGGGUGGGAACAACCACUCUGGGCGCUUCUUAACCCUCCCGCGUGAGGGCCCAAGUUGGUGUCCACCUGUUAGAGACCAGAAUGAGACCUAUUGUGGGGCUGGCGAGCUGUGCCAGGCUGGGUGGGUCUGUGCCAGGCUUGGGGGUGGCAUCCCUGAGGCUAGGGAGCUGUGCCAGGCAGGGGAGUGAAGUGGUGGAGAUGGGCGCACACUGGAUCCAUGGACCCUCCAAGGAGAACCCUGUCUUCCAGCUGGCAUCUGACUAUGGGCUGCUGGACGAGGAAGCCAUGUCCGAGGAGAACCAGCAGAUCGAGGUGGGGGGCCACCCCCUCCUGCCCGCGGUGUUCUACUCCAGCGCGGGGCGAGUCCUGAGCCCAGAGCUGGUGGAGGGGGUGAGGAACCUGUUCUCCACCCUGCUGGACCAGACACGUGAGUUCCUGCACAUGCCGCAGGUCUCUGUGCCCAGUGUGGGCGAGUAUCUGCGGAAGGAGAUUGCCCAGCAGGUGAAGGAGUGGACGGACGACGACGAAACCAAGUGGCUGAAGCUGGCCAUCCUCAACACGUACUUCAAACUGGAGUGCUGCGUGAGUGGGACCCACAGCAUGGAUGACGUGGCGCUGGGGCCCUUUGGGGAGUACGCCAUGCUCCCCGGCCUGGACUGCACCUUCCCUGGCGGCUAUGGAGGCCUGCCGGACUGCAUGCUGACCUCGCUGCCCAAGGAGAGCGUGCUGUUCCACAAGCCAGUGACGGCGGUUCGCUGGGGCGGCUCCUACCGGGAGGAGAGCCAAGAGGGGCGGACGUUCCCGGUCCAGGUGGAGUGUGAGGACGGCGAGAGGUUCCUGGCGGAUCACGUCAUCAUCACGGUGCCUCUAGGGUUCCUUAAAGAACAUCAUGAGACCUUUAUCGACCCUCCGCUGCCUCCCCGGAAAGCAGACGCCAUUAGACAGCUGGGCUUUGGGACGAACAACAAGAUCUUCCUGGAGUUUGAGCAGCCGUUCUGGCCACCAGACUGCCAGCUGAUCGAGGUUGUCUGGGAGGACGAGUCUCCUCUGGUUGAGGCUGGGACCGACCUGCAGGCCAACUGGUUCAGAAAACUUAUCGUCUUCUUGGUCCUCCAGCCGCCGGAACGGUAUGGGCACGUCCUCUGUGGCUUUAUUGCUGGGAAGGAAUCUGAGUACAUGGAGACCCUCAGUGACGCUGCAGUUCUUACGGCCUUAACUGAUGUCACCCGUAGACUGACAGGGAACCCUCACCUCGCCCCGCCGAAGAAGGUGAUGCGAUCUCAGUGGCACAGCGCUCCCUACACCAGGGGCUCCUACAGUUACGUGGCCGUUGGCAGUUCAGGAGAUGACAUUGACGCACUGGCUCAACCCCUUCCCGAGGAUGCAGCUGACCCCCGGCCGCUGCAGGUUCUCUUUGCUGGAGAAGCCACGCACCGGACUUUCUAUUCCACUACGCAUGGGGCCCUUCUGUCGGGCUGGCGGGAGGCCGACCGUCUGCUCAGCCUGUAUGACACGUCUGAAUCCCACCAGCACAAGCCUCGGCUCUGAUGCCACUUGCUCGCUUCUCCUUGCUGCUGGGCUUCUGGUUUCCAGCUCAUUACUCAACCUCCGAUUCCUUCUGUCCCUUGCCGUUGCCAAGGGAAAGGGGUUAGUUUGUCUCUAGCCGGUGUGCCCACUCUUUGUGGCUUGUCUCUCUGAUGUCCCUGCGAUCAGACUAAAGGCAGGGUGGCUGUAGGCUUGAACCCAGCACUGGGAGCUGCAGCACCCACACGGACGAGGGGGACUGGGGAAUUGAAACGCCACCUAACUAUGCAAUGGAGUGCUGUCAGUACUAACAAGUAAAUCUCUAUCAUUAGGGCUUUGCGGUUGCAGCUUGUCUUCUCUGCCUGCUCCUGAGAGGAACAUAGUAGCCAGGAUGCUCCUGAGACAGGUGGUGUAAAUGUGUGACCCAAUCCCUGAACACUCCUGAGACAGCCACUGUAAACUUGUGACCCACAUGCCAGAUCCCAAGCCCUGAACACUCCUGAGAGAGGCGGUGUAAAUGUGUGACCCGCAAGCCCCACUGAAAACAAUGGGCCAGAAUCCCAUUCUCUCCAGUGGGAUAUUCCCAUCGCUAGGGUGGGAAGUCGGCCCAUGGAAGGGCUGUGUGAAAACUGCUAUCUGAAUUUCCCCCGUUGUCCUCUCCAAGGCAAAAAAGUGUGGAUCCUUGCCUGGCUGAGGGGGAGUUUCAGUGUCCCAAAGGCCUGGCAGCCCCAUAUUCAGUAUGGCUCUGCGCCCAAGGUGUGGGGAGAGUAGAGCUGAAUGCUAUGCUCCUCAGCCUGCCCCACAGACACCAGCAGCAAGUCCAGGUAAUACAGCCCAAGGGAAACCUAGGGGCAGCCACGUCUCUUGAGCCAUAGUGCGAGUUCUCCAUUGUCUAGGAGUUCGUCCACCCCGUCCCUUGACUGCAGACAGGAGGGAGAGGAGCUCUUGUUGCUGGUGCUCAAAGGCCUGAAAAGUGCUGCUGCUGCUCCUGCUCAAAGCAGAGUAGCUCCUGGGGCCUGAGCAUCCCCCUCCCCUUGCCAGCAGGAGACACCAGCACCAAUCUUACACAUGUCCUGGAGUGUGAAAGCACAGUCUGGCCUCAGCUUGUCUGCUCCCUGGAAAAGAUUAGUACCAGGUUGAACUUCCUCUGAACUCAGCUGGCCUGUUAUCCACUCAACCUGCCCUGAUUUAAGCCACAUACAAGCCAGAGGCCAUGGAGAUGAGCUGCGGGAGCCAAGACAACAGCAGAUGAGGCUGUGGGGUACUCAGGCAGUGCUGCAAGGGUGGGAAUGGCAGGACUAGUGAUGAUGCCAAGGUUAUGGAGUGAAGGGUGGAGUUAGCAGGGGCAGACAU